CUUGUUUACACCAAACAUUAUUACUUCAUCUUCGGAGGACAGUCGACCGAUAAAAAUGUUAAUCCCACUUAUAUUACUAUUUCUUGUAACAUUAUUAUUGUUUAUUCACGCAACCGGUAAAAACAAUGAGAACUACUGGAAGAAACGUGGUGUUAAAUUUCACAACAAAAACAAAGUCAUGGGUAUAUUUUGGGACUUUUUAAUGAAAAACAGACCAAUGUUUCAAGUAGUUGGUGAUUUGUACAAACAAUACCGUGAAGAACCGGCAGUUGGAUUUGGCGGCUUCUUUACUCCAUCAUUAUUAAUUAACGACGCUACCAAUAUCCAGCACGUCUUCCAAACGGACUUCCAAGCCUUCAACCAUCGGGGAAUAGAAAUCAAUGAAGGAGACCAUCUAGCUGACAACAUUCUACUAAUGAAUGGCAACAGAUGGAAACUUGUGCGACAAAGUAUGACACCCAUAUUCACCAGCGCCAAACUCAAGAAGAUGUUCUACAUAAUGGACAAGAGCGGAAAAGAUUUUGUUACCUAUCUUAAAAAUAACCCAGAAAGGUUAAAAGAUAAUGCCUUUGACACUAUAUCUACGUAUUGUUGCGCUGCAAUCGGUGCCGCAGUCUUUGGAAUAGUUUCAGAAUCCGUAUUUGAUUCGCCAUUUUUGGAUAUUGCUAGAAAGGCCUUCAAAUCCACAUUCAAAAGUGACAUUAAAACAACAAUUUCAUCUUUCAGUCCGUGGCUUUCCAAAAAACUAAAUAUAAAGCUAUUUUCGGAGCAUCAAGACUUCUUUAUAGCUGCCAUCAAGAGAAUUAUCCGUCAACGUGAACAAGAAAAUACAAAGAAAUAUGAUUUCGCUGAUAUGUGCGUCAGCUUACAAAAAAGUGGCACUUUGAGAGAUCGCGAGACAGGACUAGAGUUAGAGCCGACAGAUGAGCUGUUAUCAGGACAAGCGUUCUUCUUCUUCACAGCUGGAGUUGAACCGAGUGCCGCUUCUAUAUUCGCUUGCUUAAUGGAAUUAGGUAAACAUCCUGAACAUCUUAAAAAAGUCCAUGAUGAAAUAGACGCGACAUUUGAGAAAUUGAAUGGUGAAUUGACUUAUGAGUCGGUAAUGGAAAUGGAAUAUUUGGAAAAAGUUUUGUGUGAAAGCAUAAGACUGCUGCCUCCUAUAGGUUUUUUGGGUAGACAAUGCGUUGAAAAUACUGUAUUGCCUGUAGGAAACAUAAAAGUAGAAAAGGGGACUAAAGUAUUUGUGGCAGUGUACGAGUUGCAUCGUGACCCUAAAUAUUAUCCAAACCCAGAAGUUUUUGAUCCUGAAAGAUUUGAGUCGGAGUCAGCACAAGAUAGUAGCGUAUACAUGCCUUUUGGAAAAGGAAACAGAUUGUGUGUCGGUAUGAGAUUUGCGCGACUACAAGUGAAAACUGGUUUAAUAUAUUUCCUUCGUAAUUAUACUGUUAAAACAAAGAUCAACGGGUAUCCGAUUCGAUUUAGAAAGGAAAUGAUACAAGUAAGGCCAAAUAAUGUUGACAUUGAAUUUAUACCUAGAAACAUAAAAAAUUAAAUUUUUGACAAAUUAUGCUCAAGUUUACCUAAUUGUUAUUGGCAAUUUUAUAAAUUAAAUGAUUUUUUACUUUUU